AUGGAUCAAGCUUCUUCUUUGCACAUAGCACUGUUUCCAUGGUUUGCAAUGGGACACCUAACUCCAUAUCUUCAUCUGUCAAACAAAUUAGCAAAAAGGGGACACAAAAUCUCAUUCUUUACUCCCAAGAAAACACAAACCAAGUUAGAACACUUCAAUCUCUAUCCAAACCUCAUAACCUUCUUCCCUCUCAAUGUUCCUCACGUUGAUGGACUUCCCUUUGGUGCUGAAACAACCUCAGAUGUAUCUUUAGCUUUAGGUCCACUCAUAAUGACAGCUAUGGAUCAAACACAGAACCAAGUUGAACUUCUCCUCACUCAACUAAACCCUAAUAUUGUUUUCUUUGAUUUCAGUUUUUGGCUACCAAAAAUAACUCAACGUUUAAAAAUCAAAUCUUUUCAAUACUUCAUUGUUAAUCCAGCAACAAUUUCAUACACAAUUUCUCCAUCAAGGAUGUGUGAGGGUAUAAAAUUGACUGAACUUGAUCUUAUGAAACCUCCAAAAGGGUACCCUAGUUCAUCUUUCAAUCUUUAUUCUCAUGAAGCAAAGUUCCUUGCUUUAAAAAGAAACUUUGAAUUUGGAAGUGGGGUUCUUUUCUAUGAUAGGGUUUAUAAUGGUUUGAACUUAACUGAUGCAAUUGGGUUCAAAGGGUGUAGAGAAAUUGAAGGGCCUUAUAUUGAUUACCUUGAACAAGAGUUUGGUAAACCUGUUUUUCUUUCAGGACCUGUUUUACCUGAACCACCAAAAACUGUUUUAGAUGAAAAAUGGGGAUCUUGGCUUGGUGGAUUCAAGGAUGGUUCAAUAGUUUAUUGUGCCCUUGGAAGUGAAUGGAAAUUAUCAGAAUAUCAGUUUCAUGAAUUGUUGUUAGGACUUGAGGUAACAGGCUUUCCUUUUUUGGCAAUUCUUAAACCUCCUAUAGGUUUCGAGACGAUUGAAGAUGCUUUUCCAGAAGGGUUUAAGGAAAGAGUGAAGGAGAAAGGGAUUGUUCAUAGCGAAUGGAUACAACAGCAAUUAAUUUUGGAACACCCUUCUGUUGGUUGUUUUGUAACACAUUGUGGCGCUGGUUCCUUGACAGAAGGGUUAGUAAAUAACUGUGAGAUAGUGUUGAUGCCACAUUUAGACAGUGAUCAUAUCAUUAAUGCAAGAAUUAUGAGUAGGGACUUGAAGGUUGGAGUUGAAGUGAACAAGGGUGAAGAAGAUGGAUUGUUCACAAAACAAAGUAUUUGUGAAGCUGUGAAACUUGUGAUGGAUGAUAAGAAUGAAACUGGUAUUGAAGUUAGGGCUAAUCAUGCUAAAAUGAGGAACCUCUUAUUAAGCAAUGAUUUUGAGUCAUCAUGUGUUGAUGGUUUCUGUGAAAAGCUUCAAGAAUUAGUCAGGUGA